AAUAAGUAAACUUUAGAACACUGAUGUGCGCUGUGCGUGCUCUAAGCUUGCAGUAAGUUACACCGUGGUCACGAAUACGGGACUGCCGGGCAGGAGAGGAAGUAGAACAGGGACUUCCUACUGUUUAGAUAAGCUCGGAUCUUGUAACCACUGACAGCGAUGUGAUAGUGAUGCAAGCCAGCGGUCAGAAACGUUGAAUGGUUUACUGUGGGUUGUCUGUUCGCUAACGUCCAAGUCCGGUAGGUCUACCACAAGCGCCUGCCUUGUUUCCAAAGGUAGACAACCUGAGCAGGCAUGCCGUAACCACGAACAGCUCAAUAAUGCCCAAACCCGAUUUGGAUGCUACUUGCCGCAGGAUCACAGUCAGCAGCAGUGGAGCUCAUACAAGUUUCCCAGUGUAGCUACCAUCACCUGUAAGUAGCGGUAGACUGUAGAAUUUGCAAAGGCAAUUCCAUUCUCAACUAUGUUACUUUAUAGGUGGUGCACAAAAUUGGCAACUCUCCUAUUUUUGAUCAUCUUGUUACUACUGCGGUACAAUAUUUGAAACCCCCAGUGUGGGAGCACCCUAGCACCCUGUUGCUGAGGUGGCUUUACUUGCCUGAGAUGGUUGGAUACCGGGAAGAGUAGAAAGUGAACUACGAAUACAUAUAGAGUGUACAGGUUGCCAGUCGGCAAUGGCAGCGUCUAGUCAGCAAAACUCUAGUUCGAAGUUUGCUCGUGUCCUUGCAAUCAUCACGCUCAUAUUGAUGCUUAGUCGGAGCUGUGUUCACGUGGAUGCGGAGAGCAGGGGCAGCAGCCAUGCUGAUAUAACUGUCGAGGCUCGAGAACGUAUCAGCAAGAUGACGGAUGAGUAUGAAGUAGUGCAUAUCGACAUGACACAACACCUUAGUGAUGUUGAGCAUGUCAGCAAUCGUGGCAAGAGAGAUGCCACAGCACAAGGACAACAUGAUGAUCAGUCUAGCAGUGAGCAUGUACAUGUACACCAUCCGCCAACCAGCAGCUUCCAAAUACGGGCAUUUGGAAAGACAGUGACAUUAGAUCUGAAGCAGAACACUGAGCUGAUUCCUGCUUCGUUUAAAGUCUUCACAUUCAAUUCAAUCGAUGAGAGUCCUGUGAUUACUCGUGGAGCAGUCAACUGUUAUUACCAUGGGACAGUGCGUGGCUUGCAGAACGUCAGUCAUGCUCAGUCCACCCUUCACAAACACAGGAAACGGCAGCAAAGUAGUACUGAUGCCAGUGAAGAGAGCAGCGCCACUGUGAUAUCUACAUACGCCGCAGUGAGCACAUGCAAUGGUUUGAGUGGAUCAUUUGGUUUUGAACAGUAUGCUGGCCAUGGAGAUGAGGAUCCAGCCACAGCUAGCAGCAGCAACAGCAGUAGCAAUGAGCAAGGUAAAGCGUACUCUGAAAGAUAUAUGAUUGAACCGCUGGUCAGCCAGACAUCUAAACCUGGUACGUAUCCACACGCCGUCUUCAAAGAAUCCACAUACAAGAUGAGCAAAGACGAUCCGUUGAAAGGAGGGUGUGCGACACACUGGAAUAUAUCGGCUACAAAGAACACCAGCAGAGGAACUGCAGGUGAGAAGCAGCGGUGGGAUUUUCCUGUUGACGGGUUGGCUGGUUUAGCUUCAGCAGCACGCAAACGUGUGAAGAGGAGUAGCAGUAUAGGAGGAGGACGAGAUCCAACAGUGUAUGUAGAACUUGCUGUUGCUUCUGAUUACUCAUAUACUAAAGCAAAUGGUGGUCUUAGUCAAGAUGGCUCCAAAAACCUUUUUACAUCAACGCUGAAGCUUGUAAACCAGGCCGAUGGUCUUUUCCAGGAGCUUAAUGUCCGUAUUAUCCUUGUAACUAUCUUCAUAUUUACUCAGUCACCUGGUCCUUUGAAUUUGGAUGGAGAUUCAGGGACUAACAAUCUCCGUAAAGUGCAUCAAUUUUCAGCACAAUACCUCCAGCCAAUUGUUCACUAUGACAUGAUUCAUUUUUUCAGCGCUCAGCAGCUGACAUCUCCUGGAAUUGCCCAGCUACCUUCUCCCGGUUAUAUUUGCCCAGGAGUGCGCAACAGCUACCGCCUUGUUGGUUUGGAAGGAGUGGGAAAGGGUGCUAUAAACCAAUACUUGCUUUCGCAUGAAAUUGGCCACAAUUUGGGAUUUCAACAUGUUUUCCCGCCGUGCGCUUGUAACAAGCCUGGCUGUAGAACUGGCAUUAUGUCUCCAGGUUCCGGUUCAGCAUGGUCAAACUGCACAAUCGCUUGGUUUAACCAACAGCGAUCAGAUCCAAGCAGGAAGUGUUUUCUGAACAUGCCCGCACCAGCGCUCUCCAAAGUGGUGUGUGGAAAUGGCAUUGUGGAGCCAGGCGAAGACUGCGAUUGCGGCCUGCGCCAGUACUGCAAGGAUGCCUGCUGCAACGCAACAACAUGCCGUUACACACCCGGUUCCCAGUGUAGUCUAGGUGAAUGCUGUAGUAACUGUACUAUCCUGCCAGCUGGCACAUUCUGCAGGCCGGCCAAAGACCAAUGCGACCUGCCAGACUACUGUGAUGGAAGACAAGAAAGGUGUUCAGCAGAUGAUUUCACGCAGUCCGGGCUAUACUGUGAGGCAGCAGGUCAGCCUGGCACUUGCCAGCAGGGCUCGUGCACGAACAUUGAUACGCAAUGCCAGAAAACGUUCUUCUCUACAGCUGUUCUCUCCGCAAGCUGCUUCGCCAGCUACAAUGUACGUGGCUUGGGCGGUCACAACUGUGGUUUCAAUAGCAGAAAGGAACCUAUUCCUUGCAAGCCAGAGAAUGCUUGGUGUGGUACUCUCGUGUGCGGCAUUGAAAAACCUCACUCAAGGUGCGUGACACGGCGACUUGGUGAAGGUGAGGCUCGCACGUUGUACGUGGAUAAUGGCAGCCCGUGUGGCAAUGGUUUAGCCUGCUGGAACAAGGAAUGUGUGAACACCUCCAUACUGCAGUCUGGUGCUUGGAGGUGUCCUCAAGCUAAUGGACUCGGCUGCUCUGGUAAUGGCGUAUGCACACACAAGAACGUGUGUCGCUGUGAAAUUGGCUGGCAAGGCACUAACUGCAAUCGUCAAGCCGGUACACUAGACGCAGGCCUAUCAGGUGGCAGUAUUGCUGGACUUGUUAUCGGUCUGAUACUCGCACCACUGUUGUGCGCCGCCUUUAUUGCACUUUAUCUCAAGCGGAAGCAAAAUGUGGCCAUCGCUCAAGCAAUACCACGACCUUCACACGACCGUCAUCUGGGCAUCGCCUCCGAAGAGAGAACCAGAGACCAACCAGGCGCUACAGACAGUCAUCGUGAAGAGCCCAUGGGGAAAUCAGUGACCUCUGCAAAUCCGUGUAUACCUGACUCUGGGCCAAACAUCAUGCGCCAGGCACCUGGUCGACCAAGUCAACCACCAACCAGGCCUGCUCGGCCAUCUGCACCCGCUGCAUACAUGUAUACAAAUGACUAUGUAAAUUAGCCCAUCUGCACCUCCUACAUAAUUAUAAGGAAAUCUAUGGUAAGGUUGUGUAGCACAAUCUCUCUUUUUCUUCUUUUCGCCUCCUUCACAAAGAACUGAUGAUUUCUCCCUUUUUUACUUUCGCCCUUUGUGUUGAGAACUUGAGACCUUUAUCGUGUUUAUGGAACAGACGCAAUGUUGCUUGGUUCUCCCUAACGCCACAUUCAGUAUCUGUAGCGGCACAUGUAUGUAAUGUACAUCUUAAUGUCUUGGAUGAUUUACCUAUCGAUUCACUCAUCUGAGUGAGGCUGUUUGAUAUUGCUCACACCCAGGUGCGUCACAUUCAUUUUUGCUCGUUUUCCACUGCAACAAACAUCCUCCUAGUCAUAGUGCACUUAAAGGGGAAGUUAAGGCAAAAAUUAAAAUU